AUGGAUUUUAUCGAGGCUCUGCCUAAAUCUAAUGGGCAUGAGGUCAUUUUCGUGGUGGUGGACCACUUAACCAAAUUCGCGCAUUUCAUUGCUCUCAAGUGGUUGUUUAUUGCGAAGUUGGUGGCAGAGGUGUUUUGUCGAGAGGUGGUGUGCCUUCACGGCAUACCUCGGAGUAUAGUAAGUGAUCGGGAUAAGGUGUUCACUAGCCUUUUUUGGAGAGAGCUAUUCCGCCUCCAACAGACCACCUUACGCAUGAGUUCGGCAUACCACCCUCAGACGGAUGGGCAGACAGAAGUUCUUAAUCGUUGUUUGGAGGCGUAUUUGAGGUGUUUCACCAGUUGCCAGCCUAGGCAUUGGAGCAGGUGGUUGUGUUGGGGUUCCGUGGCCAGGCGCCCCAACAACAAGUUGGCCCCAAAAUAUCAUGGCCCAUUUGAGGUGAUCGGCAAGGCGUGCGGUUUCACAGGAACCGGUGGUUGUCGACACCGCGACGGACAUCCCCGAACCACUGUUUCCAAAGAGCGUGCUGUAGGGGCGCCUGAGGAAGCAAGGGGGCAGUCCUUUAAGGAAGUGCUGGUUAAGUGGCAAGGACGGGACAUCGAGGACACCACCUGGGAGGUUGUCCAAGAGCUGCAAGUCCGUUUCCCUACCUUCGACCUUGAGGACAAGGUCUCUUUUGAGGAGGGGAGUAAUGUUACACCUGAGCUUAAGAAGAAUAAAUAUGAACGGACGUACUCUAGAGGAGCUCGCAACGUCUUCAAUUAG